AUGGCAGCGACCAAUUUAACAGAAGGUGUAAAACCAUAUGCGGAAGCAUUUGAUGAGCUGGUGUGCUCCCCUUCUUUGACAGCUCAAGUACGGCAACAAAUCGUUGCAGUUUCAGCUGUUAACAUUUUUCUAGCAGUCGUGGCUUUUCUUGGAAAUUCUCUCAUCCUUGUGGCUCUGCAGAAAGAGUCCUCCCUUCGCCCGCCGACCAAACUGCUGUUUCGUUGUCUGGCAACAUCUGAUCUCUGCGUCGGCCUAAUGGCUCAACCUCUUAAAGCUGUUUAUUCGGUAUCUCUGCUUCAUCGCGACUGGAAUAAUUGCAAACGUGUAUAUGCUGCCUUAUCGGUAACAGCUUUCACCUUGGUUCUUGUUUCUUUAUUGACGCUGACUGCAAUAAGCAUUGACAGAUAUCUCGCUUUGUCCUUGGGUCUCAGAUACAGACAAGUUGUAACUUUGAAGCGUACCUAUAUAGUUGUCGCUAUCACUUGGAUCAAGUCCAUUUUCGCCGCAGCUCUGUACCCGAUAGAUUUUCGUAUAACAAUUUCCUAUGGCUAUGUAGUGAUACCAUUAUGUGUGGGUGCUUCGUUUGUGUUGUAUACAAGAAUUUUCCGGACGCUCAGACAUCGAAGCAACGAAGUACAAGAUCUUGUCCAUCAAACAAACUCGCUGAAUAUCGCGCGAUAUAGAAAAGCCGUUUACAGCGCAUUGUCAGUGCAGCUGGUGUUACUCAUGUGUUAUUCACCAUUUGCUGUGGUGGAGAUCUCUGUGGUUACUAAAAGAGAACUUUCUUCGUCGUAUCUCCUCGCCUGGGUGAUAACCGGAACUGUUGUGUUCUUAAACUCAUCGCUAAACCCGUUUCUUUACUGUUGGAAGAUCAGUGAGAUGAGACAAGCAGUAAAGCAAACAAUAAGACAAGCGUUUUACUGUCCACGGGAAUAG